AUCGAGCAUUGCUCUAAGAGCUUUCUUGUAGCAGUGAUUUGAUUCAAAUUUAAUGGAAAAAAGUUCUUCUUAAAUAUUGUAAAGUGAAUAGAAAUACGAGAAGAAAACAAGUUUUAAUCAAAAAUGGAAUAAAUUGAAGGAAAAAAUAUAUCUAGUGGAAUAAAUGUCUACAAACGAACUAUUGAAUAAAUUUCACAGAAAAAAAUAGCAGGCAUUGAUAGUAAAUUUAUUGAGUAAUAAUUAAACAAAUAUUAUAAAAUGCGAAUUCCACAUACAAUCUCCAAGAACGUAUUCGAAGCUUAUAGAUGCUCAACCGAGACAAUAUCCCUUCCUCAAGAACAAGGACGAAAAAUACGUGCAGAAGAUGACACAUGGGACGAAUUGAUUGUGCCAGAGUUGAAAGUCCUUGCUCUUCGCAAGUUGGUUGAGGGAUGGCAAAAGUCAUCGAUUUUCGAGAAUCUUUCAUCUCUUGAUGAUCGAGAUAUGCUCUUGGAAAUGUUACCGCCAGAUCUGCCACUUGAAAUCGUCUUGAAGAGCAUUCCAUACGAGUACUAUUGGUGCCGAGCUGCUAAAGAUAGAUGGGAAAAUAAUAAUCCUGCAGAACAUGGUAAUUCUUGGAGAAGACUAUAUUGUGAGCGUCAUUUUUCCGAGUAUCUAGAGAAUUUGGAGAAUUUAGAGUCCCAAAGAGAUGAAUGUAAUGCUCUUAUCAAAUUAUGCGCAUCACUAUUCUUUACUUUGACUAUUCGUUCAUUGGUUCCAUCAAAGUAUCCAUAUAAAUGGUCUGAGGAUGAUGAUGAAGCCACUGUACGAUCUGAAAUUUUCCUCACAAUCCACCAUUCUUUGAAUGUAAUUUUACCACAGCUGCCAGAGCUUCGAGAGAUUUAUUUGAACUUUGGGAUGAUUUAUUUAAACGACGGUUUUGAGUGGAGAGACUUCAAAUUUUCUGUAGAGGAUUGUUUAAAUCUUGGUAGAGGUAUAAAAAAUUCCGCAAAGAUACAAAAAGUUUGCAUCACAAGAAGUAGUCUUGAUCAACCACGUGUUGCUGCCCUUCUUCAAGGGGUUGCUGUAAAUAAUAACAUCAAAGAACUUGAUUUAUCUCACUGCAAGCUUGCUGAUACUGGUGCACAUGCAGUAGGAGAAUUUUUAAAAUACCACAGAAAUCUCCGUCAUCUUUAUUUGACAAAUAACGGAAUUGGAUCAGAAGGAGUAGCUGGCAUUGUUCACGGUCUUUUACAAGAAUCUGCGACACCACUACAGUCUCUAGAUCUUCGAUUAAAUCCUUUACGAGAUAAAGGAGGAACCCAUAUUUGUGCUUUACUUUUGCGGAGUUCAACUCUGGAAAAAUUGAAUAUAAGCGCUUGCUGCUUGGAAACAGAAACAGGGAUGGGUUUGGCUGAUGUAGUUUCAUCCGAUUAUAUGAAAAUUUUAUCUUUAAAUCUUGACAUUUCUAACAAUAAUUUGGGUUUCAUAGCUGGAGAAGCUUUAAGCUCUGCCAUCAAGAUGAACACUAUUAUCACGCAAUUAGACAUGAGGAUGUGUAAUUUUUCUAAAGAAUCAGAGUAUUUAAUAAACCAAACUAUUGUCAGAAAUAGAGAAAAAAAUUUUAAAAUGCAAACAAAAUUGGAAGCAAUUCAAAGCUGUCCUACUAUACCAAUGCAAGUGAAAAGUCUCAUACCACCUUCAAAGUAUAAAGAUCUCCAGAAACCACAUAGAAACAGUAUCUUCUUUAACGAGAGCUUUAAAUUUAUUACCAAGGGAAAUGGAGCAGAGAAAUGAAAUAAAG